AUGGCCAUAUUUGAACCUGCUGUUGCAUUCCAUCUACUGCAGACUUUCUCUUCAGAUGAAUUGACUUUUUUACAGAAAGAACUGUCGGAUCAUCUGGCUGAACAUCAGAUUCAAUCUCCUUCUUUCGACCAAAUCGUCAGUCUAACCCGCAAGAUUCAGGCAUUCCAACUAUCACAUAACUCCUCAUCGUCAUUAUCUCCUAUUCGUAUUCCAACUAAACUAUUUAAAAACACUGCUAAGAACGGUUCCUUGUUUGAAAUAUUAAAGUCUGCUGCCCUUCAAUCUCCGUCUUCUCCUUGGGAUAAUGCUCGUUUCCAAGACCCUGCUCAGGCGGAUAUUGACUGCAUGUGUCUGUUAAAGAUAUCUGAGAAUCUGCAGCGAUCUGGCCAUUGGAAACUACCAUUGAUUUACUUUGCAAGCUCGGUGCCUGACCAUGUUAGACAAAAGUAUAUUCCUGCAAUAUAUAUGAUGCAAGGAUGUGUUUCAGAUAAAAUGGUCAAUCAAGUCACACAUGUUAUUCAAGGUGAUGAUUGCAUUGACGAGGAAGAUGAUCGAAAUAUCUACUUUAGAACACUGGAAAUGAAGGACGAAUUUUGCUUACUGCACUACUGGUUUUUACCCGACUCUGCUGAUGUAUGGGUUCCAAGAAGUAGCAGCGAAUUUUCAGAUCCAGAGGAACAUCAAGAUCACGAAGAACCAUUCGUUGUAACUGUUCGAUGGAUCAAGGACACCAUCAAGUUUCGAGAAUGGAUGAAUGAAGAUGAUUAUGAGAUUGACAAUCCAGAUGAACUAUCCGAUGUUUCGUCUGCAUGUGCUGAAUUACAAACUUCACACGAAGAAGUUCAGAAUGAACCCAUCAACGAUAUACUUAAUACAGAGGAGCUACAAUCAGACCAACAAUUCUACGAAGAUUUCAAUUGCCCGGAUACUUUUGAAGCUACUGAGCUUAAUGAUGAUCAGGACUAUAAAAUUGAUUCUGGUGACGAGGAUAUAGAUGGCGACAAUCGCGAUUUAUUUCAAUCCGAUAAUGCGUUGUUGGGUCAUGGUUUGAAUUUCAAAAUGACUCAAAAUGACUACUAUGAUUCUACCUUGCAGUACCACGAUUUGUUCAUCUGGCGAGUUGCAACAACAAAUUUGGAUCGUCGUCUUCAAGUAAAAGUAAAACGACACGAGUAUGAGCCUUGGCCUAAUGGAGUAUUGCUUAAUAUCUCCUUACCCGCCAUGCUUCGUCGAAAAGAUCAUAUUCACAGUACAAACACUACACCAUCUUCCAAGAGCAAGCUACCUGCCUGGUUCUCUGCAGAAAGUGUUCAUGAAAUAGAGUCUCAGGCAUUUCAUGACAUAGAAAUGUAUACGUUAAUUAGAAAUCAGAUUUUGGAUAUAGCGCACAACUCCUCUGAAAAAGUUUGUAUUGUCGAUUGCUGCAAUCAAAUUCAAUCUGAUACUAUGUAUGUUGCACUGGUACAUGCGUUUCUUGAAUAUCACAACAUUAUAAAUACAAAGAGCUCUGACAACUCUGAGCCAACUGCAUCGUCGGUAGCAGAUAUACCUUUAUUGCGUGGCGAUACAUACUUGCUUCUUGCAUCAACAACGCCGUCGGAUCCAGAAAAACUAAUAUAUGAUCAGCAAUACAAAGAUCUUUUUCCGUCACCCCCACUAGCAACUCCGUAUUGGAAAAGUUUCUGUGCUGUGUGCAAUGCAGAUAGCUCAAGUUUAAGUUAUCACUGUGUCAAAUUAGAUGGAUUUUCCAUUUGUCGCGAGUGUUUUGUUUCUGGGCGAUAUCCAUCCGAUUUUUCAAGCAAUAGUUUUGUACGACUUCAUGGUUUACGAUGCGACUCGGAAAUACCAGAUCAACCUACUUGGUCAGAUGAAGAAACUUUACGGCUUUUAGAUGCUAUACAUUUGUAUGGAUUUCAAUGGAGUUUAGUUGCCGACGCUGUACAAACUAAAUCAAAAACAGAAUGUAUCGAGUAUUUUUUGCAGCUGCCUAUAGGCGAGUUACCAACAUCCAAUUUGUGCGGUGCACCUACUAAUUUUGAAGCAGCCGAUAAACCAACCCAGCGGAACUUGGAUGAGCUUAAACUUUUAGCUCAGCAAAUAAUUGGAGAUGCGCCAAAUCCACUCAUGUCAUUGAUUCACUUGCUUUCUGUUGCCGUACAACCCGUGUUGGCAUCUGAAGCUGCCCAUGCUGCCAUUCAGGCUAUGUUUGGAACUGCUGACUAUCCUGUGCAAAAUUCAAAGCAUGAUAUUCAUCAACUAUCAAUGACUGCAACAGUGGAAGCUUUGCGUAGUGCAUUGGAUUUUGCUGACAGACUUGUAAAAAAAGACGAAGCUACUCUUGAAAUUUUAGUGCAUGAAUUGACAGAAUUACAGUUGCAACGAAUUCAACUGAAAUUGAAUCAUCUUGAAAAUAUAUAUCAUAUGUAG